CCACACUCUCUCUCUCUGCGCAACCACUGCUAGCUCCUCCUCCUCCUCCUCCACUCUAGCUUUAGCUCUCUCUGGCUCUCGGGCUUGGAGGUUUCUUCUCUGAGAUUCCAAUCCCAAACACAGCCUCUUCAUCUUCACUUCAUUCUCUCUCUCUCAUUUCCUUACUGAAUCAAAUCCUGCUUUUCUUCCUCAUAAUCUCAAUCUUCUUCGCCAUUUUCAGGUAAAAAGAGGUAUUUCUAUUUUGCAGAGCUUUGACGAUGAUGCGGGGCUUUUUGCGGUGACGGUGACAAUAGAGAGAGAUCUGGUGGCGUGGUGUUGGGCCGAGGCGAGAGAUGUACACGGCCGCACGGCCUCCUCAACUCUCUGAUUCCAACCGCCAAAUCAUCGGGACCAAUGCUCCUAACGUCCGGGUCUAUCAACUUUGGAAAAGAACCAAUAGAUUCUGCCUUGGAGGGAGACUCAUCUUUGGUCCAGAUGCGGGAUCAAUAUACCUCACAGCCUCACUGAUUUUGAUCCCAGUAAUUCUGUUUUGUGCUUUUGUUUCUCAGAGGCUCAUUCAUGAAUUCCAACACCAUAUGGGCAAUCUAAUAGUAGCUAUAUGUGUCGUCUUCACUGUAUAUGACAUAAUUUUUCUCCUCCUAACAUCUGCAAGGGAUCCUGGCAUUAUUCCUCGUAAUUCACAUCCUCCAGAUCCAGAAGAUGAUUCCUCAAGUUUGUCUGCAGAUUGGGGUGGAAGUCAAAACGGUGUUUCAACUAUACCAUCUACCAAAGAUAUUGUGGUUAAUGGGAUGAUAGUCAGGGUCAAAUACUGUCAAACAUGCAUGUUAUAUCGCCCGCCACGAUGUUCUCAUUGCUCAAUAUGCAAUAACUGUGUGGAGCGUUUUGAUCAUCACUGCCCAUGGGUCGGGCAAUGCAUUGGUAAGAGGAAUUACAGAUUCUUUUUCAUGUUUGUGUUAUCCACAACCAUGCUAUGCCUAUAUGUUUUUGCAUUCUGCUGGGUAAACAUUGCCAAAAUAAUGGGAGCAUAUCAUUGUAGUCUCUGGAGGGCGUUUUUGAAGUCUCCUGUUUCAUUGAUUCUUAUACUAUAUUCCUUUGCGACCGCUUGGUUUGUUGGAGGUCUGACUUCAUUCCACCUGUAUUUGAUUUUCACCAAUCAGACAACUUAUGAGAACUUCCGAUAUCGAUAUGAUAGAAGGAUAAAUCCUUAUAACCUUGGUUGUGCACGCAAUGUUGUGGAUAUUUUCUUCUCAGAAAUUCCCAAGUCAAAAAACAACUUCAGGGCAAAGGUCAAGUCGGACUCAUCUUCUGUCUUGGCCAGUUCAAUUUCACUUCGCUGUACAAUGAAUCCAGAGGUACCAAAAACAAGCUUUGACACGGAGAUGGGGAAGAGGUGUGCUGUUGUUGCUGAAGAUUUUGAAGAAAUACAGAGGCAAAUUGAUGAUGUUGGCAGGUUGGAAAGGUGUGCCACAGAGCCAAGACACAUGCACUUGGAUGAAAAGGCCAACUGGGAGAUGACACCUGAAAUGUGUAGGUUUGCUGCUGAGUUUGGAAUGGAGCAUGGUUUUACAGACAGGCAGAAGAGGCAGGGAGGAGGUAAAUGAAGAUUGUUUUUAUGGCCUGAAUUAUAGUGGCAAAAAGACACCUAUUGAUCAUAUCUCCCUUGAUAUGGCCAUCUUGGCCUGGCCCAUCAAAAUUUACAACCAUGAGCGGAAAAAAUUACCCACUAGAAGGUUGUUUAAACACUUUAUUUCGUCUCUACGAGGAGGCAAUGGCUAUUCUGGCUUAGGUAUGCAGGGGUGUACCUUGUAGAUUAAACCAAAUUGAUAGGUACUUGGGGUAACCAUUGUGCUGUAUCGUGUUUGUUUCUCUGGGAAUUUAUUGGGUGCUGAUAAAUUACUCAGAUACAUCAAGGUCAAUUUAAAUCUCUAUAUCACAAGAGUGGAGGGAGCUGGUAGUUUAUGUCUAUAAAGAGUCAUGGGACCAUGUUUUGCCCCCUUUCCAAUGUUCUACUUCUGAGUUCCUAGGCCCUUACCUGCUUUACAGAAGUUUAAACUUUCAAAUUCCUUGAUUACAAAUUUGUUUGUCAGUAUUCCUCAGAAUUGUUUUCUCUGAAGCAAAAGCUGAACCUACUCAGUUUCACAUAACUUGUGUGAUCCAAUAUUUAUUGAUUAUUGAUACGUAAUACAUCUAGGAAGCUUCA